GGGGUGUUUUUCUGUCUCAUUCAAAAGGAUGCAGACUCCUCUGAGCGGGUCCUCAUGGACAUGCGCUGGGGCCUGGUUCCCUCCUGGUUCAAAAAGGACGACCCCUCCAAGAUGCAGUUUAAUACCUCCAACUGCCGCAGUGACACCAUGCUGAAGAAGUCUUCCUACAAGGGUGCUCUGCUCAAGGGCAAACGCUGUGUGGUCCUGGCAGAUGGCUUCUAUGAGUGGCAGCAGCAGAGUGGGGGGAAGCAGCCGUAUUUCAUUUACUUCCCCCAGACCAAGGACACCAUGGAUGAGGGGAAGGAGGGUGAUGAGGAGUGGAGAGGAUGGAGGUUGCUCACCAUGGCUGGGAUUUUCGACUGCUGGGAGCCACCGUCGGGAGGGGAAAUGCUGUACACUUACACCAUCAUCACCGUGGAUGCCUCCAAGGAUGUGAGCUUCAUCCAUCACAGGAUGCCAGCCAUCCUGGACGGGGAUGAGGCCAUCAGGAAAUGGCUGGACUUUGCUGAAGUGCCAACACAAGAAGCGGUUAAACUCAUCCAGCCCACAGAGAACAUUGUUUUCCACCCAGUGUCCACCUUUGUCAAUAGCAUCCACAACAACACACCCGAGUGUCUCACACCCAUCGAGCUGGGAGCCAAGAAGGAGGUCAAAGACACCCCAAGCAGCAAAAUGAUGCUGGGCUGGUUAAAAAACUCCCAGGAGGGCUCUCCCCAGAAGAAAGAAAAUGACUUGCCCAGGUGGACAAGUCAGUUCAUCCACAACCCUUCGCCCAAGAAAACCAGCGUGGAUAUCAUGCAUCAGUGGCUGGGGAAGGAGGGAGAGCCAGCUGUGAAGAAGCGCAAGGCUUAGGCACUAUCUGGGAUGGCUGGCCAUCCUUUUCCUCCUGAUUUUCCUAAGCAGAAUGAGGAAUGGUUUUUUGGAAGGCUUUGCAGACUGGUGUUUAGGUUCUCUAAGCCUCUCAGGUGUUGAUCUGCCACUCCUGGUUGUUGUCUCUGUCCUUUGUGUUUUGUUAAAGGUUGCUGUUUGUCUUUAAAAGUUUUGGUUUUGUCUUGUGCUGACAGGAGUGGAUAUAACCUGCUGUCCUCCCUCCCUGCCUCUCGAUUGUGCCCAGCAAAGAUAAAGCCCUGAGAAGCGUCUCAGCCUGAAAAGAUAAAGCCUGAGAAGCAUCUCCCUGGGACGAGUAGCUUCUGCCUUCUGGCAGUGUUCAUACUUCAUGUCUCAUUCUGUUUUCUCUUCUUUUCCCUUUUUUUGGUAUUAAACCAAUACCUCUUUUCCAUUUAAUUCCAUAUUGAUUCUGUACAGAUUGCUUUCUAAUACUCUCACCCUCAAAAGAUGGCUCCAGGACAGAGGGACAUGCAAUAAAUACGAGGAGGAAACCCCAGGCUCAGAAGAUCUGCCAGAGUCAUCCCACUCUGCAUCAGCGUUGCCACAUGUAUUCAUGGCUCCUGAACAGGGAGAUGUUUAAGCUGUGCUUGGGAGGAACUAGACUUUGCUUGGGUUUUCCCUGCAGGCAGCAGUGUGGGACAGCAUGUAUUGGUCACGUUGUUUGUACAGUCAUUUUGUUAAUGGGAUUUGAAGACUUAAAGAGGAUUUUCUUGAUCUGUAGAGGGAUGUGCUCUGCCUUGUUCAUAAAGAUUCAUUAAAGCCCAGAUAACCAAAGUGCCAUUACAGAACAGCAUAGGGUAGUUGUUUUUGAGGUCAGGGAUUUUGUAAACAGAGGCAGAUGUUCCAGGCCAAAAGCCUUACACCAUGGGACCCUUGCUGGAAAGCAGGACUUUAUUUGUAUUGGAAACAAUAAAAUGGAAUUAACUGGUUGACUGCA